GAAACAUGAAAAGAAAAGCACACUUUGAUAUAUUUGCAAGAGACAUUGAUACAUAGCAAUAGCAACCUAAUAACCCAUCAUUUCUUUCAUUGCUUGCAAGCUAUGGCAGGUCGUAGCUAUGAUGGUGAAGACUUCUGUCCCAAUAAGUUGUUGCUUGAUCCAGAGGAAGCAACUUUUUUCGAACUGAUUCGUCUCCUAUUUUCAUCUGACGUAAAGAGCAGAAGAUUUGUUGAGUGCCCAGAAGAGCAAAGGAGAAGAGAUUUUAGUCAUCGAUGGCUUAUAUUCAUCUCCGUUGUUGUUCAAAAAUUCCUUCUCUUUUAUAGAACUCCCUUGGCUCAGAUAGGGAAUGCAAUAGAGACGUGGUUGAAUCUUGUGUCGAGCAACGGUGGGCUUUUCAUGCUGAUGCUGAAAUUUUUGAAAGGAAAUGUGAUGAAGCCGGAUAGAUCAUCGGCAACGUUCACAUCGGUGGUGGGAAAUCUUGACUGGAGAUUAGAAAUGGAGAGGAGUUUAAGAGCUGGUCACAGAAAAUAUAAAUCAGCUCUGGCUUUGAUGGCUUCUAAAUUAUCUUACGAGAAUGAAGCAUUCAUCAAUUCCGUAGUUACAGGUCACUUGAAUAUGGAUUUCUUGGGUUUUUACAACUUCUGGAACGGGUACCAGAGGCUACACUCAACCCAAGCCUUCAUGCUUCAAGAUACGAACACUGACCCAAACCUCAUAGUGGUGGCAUUUAGAGGCACCAGCCCAUUUGAUGCAUAUGCAUGGUGCACGGAUGUUGAUAUCUCAUGGUAUGAGCUUCAAGGCUUUGGUAAGAUCCACCGUGGCUUUAUGAAUGCCCUAGGCCUACAGAAGGAUGGCUGGCCAAAUGAAAUUGCACCAGACAGUGACCAUUUGUAUGCAUACUACGAGAUCAGAAGAGUGCUGAGGGAUAUAUUGAGCAAGAAUGAAAAGGCAAAGUUCAUAGUAACAGGUCACAGCUUGGGUGGGGCAUUGGCAAUAUUGUUUGUGGGUGUUUUAGCUAUACACAAAGAGGCCUGGUUACUGGACAGAAUGGAAGGUGUCUACACUUUUGGGCAGCCAAGAGUUGGAGACAGGCAAUUUGGGGGUUUCAUGGAAGAUAAGUUGAAAGAGAAUGAUGUGAGAUAUUUGAGGUAUGUUUAUUGCAAUGACAUGGUGCCUAGAUUGCCCUAUGAUGAUUCAACUCUCUUGUAUAAGCACUUUGGGCCUUGCCUCUACUACAAUAGCUUGUAUCAAGGAAAGGUUUUGUGGGAAGAGCCGAACAAGAACUACUUCAAUUUGUUUUGGGCCAUACCCAAAAACUUGAAUGCUGUUUGGGAGCUGAUUCGGAGUUUUAUCAUCCCUUGCGUGAAAGGUCGGAACUACAGAGAAGGCUGGUUUAUGAGAGUGUUUAGGAUAAUAGGUUUGGCAAUUCCAGGAUUAUCAGCUCAUACUCCUCAAGAUUAUGACAAUUCUACCCGAUUAGGAUCCUUGCCCCAACUAUAGCUUCACCAAAAUUAGAUGCUGAAUUAUAUUGUUUGCAUGUUGCACAAAAUCUCUCAGUUUCAACUGACCUGAAAUUGCUUUGGAAAGGGAUUUAGUUUGUAGGGAAUUAAGUUUUCGUGAUUUGGUCUGUUAUCCCACCCUCCGUUUUAGGACCUCUGUUGUCUCAUAGUGACAAACAGCAGUUGCUUCAACUUGUAUCAUGUGGCCGCCUCUUCUGUGCUUGUUCCACGACAAUGGCUUUGACAAACAAACAAAUCCUUAAGCAGCAAAA